CUUUUACAAAGUACUUAAAGACAACCCUUUUGAGUAAUCUCUUGCGACGGAUGGAAGCAAUCGACACAAGCUUACCAUAAUUUUUAUAUCAAUCACCUGUCACCCUUCUAUUUCUAAUCCGGCAUCAUUGCGCCUUUCUAUUCCUGUAUCAAAUAGGAAAUAUCGAACAAGAUGUCUGUCCAACGGACCACUUCGAGGUGCACAAUCACUAAGAGGUUUGCGCAGCCUGGUAACAAUAACAUUGGUUCACGAUAUCCGAUGAAAAGCUUAAUCCUCUUCUCGGUGACGAGAGUGUAUCUUAUGCCGAAUGUCUACUGCUUCUUGCAGAACUCAAUAUACCAGCGACGAAUCAUGGAUAAUUUCCAGUGGUAUCUGCAAGAUCUAGCUGGGGUUGCUGCAAGCAGUGAUUGCCCCACUUCUGGUAAGCUUAAAUCAUCCCAGUCUUGCAUGCCGAAUUCAUUUUCUUCUCUCGCCUUUUGCAUUAUGUUUUUGCUCUUGUUUCUAGUACGGUAUGCCUUUUCUUUCCGCAGAAGAUAGUUCUUAUUUUAAUUAAAUUCAUCUUUUCCUAAACCACAAAAGAAGCUUGGAGACGACACAAGUGGUUUUUGGCGAUCCGCGGGAGGAGUCUUCAACUGCCGGUGGGUCGCUGUGAUUGGGUCAUACAACAUGCCUUCCUGUGGUGGAUC